AUGCAAGAACCGUCCUUUAUCAUCACGGUCUCUCUCGCAGCAGGGGUCAUUUCCCUUAUCGGGUCCCUUCUCUUCCUCCCACGGCUUUAUUGGGAAAUGAUUGACCUCAAAGAAGAGGUCUUCGAGGCGGUCGAGAGUUUCAAGGUCGAGACGGAUUCGUCAUGGAUUGAGUUAAUGACUGUUCAAGUUACAAACUCACCACCCUCGAAACCUCGGGAAAAUCCUCUGGUCAGUAGGGUGAAAAGGUCCGUCUCAUUUGCUGGUCUACCAGAAUGGUGCCAUUGUGAUCUGGUGCCAUCCUGCCCACCAGGCCCACCGGGGCCACCAGGACCACCUGGAGAGCCGGGAAUGCCCGGACCUCCUGGCCCACCCGGAUUGGACUUCAUUGGCGGCGGCUACGCUAUCGGCCCCAGCGGCGAGUGUGCUCCACCAAUGGGCUGUAUCAAAUGUCCGCGCGGAGAGCCCGGCGAAAAGGGACCCGAUGGACCACCUGGAUUGCAAGGACCUCCAGGAAUCCCAGGCACACCCGGAUUCCCUGUUCCCUUUGGGCCAAUGGGACCUCCAGGUCCAGAAGGAGAUGCGGGUGCUCCAGGAUUGCCUGGCCCUAACGGACCUGACGGCCCACCCGGAAUGGACGCUAACAUUGUCAAAGGCUCACGGGGACCACCUGGACCAGUUGGACCAGCUGGAAUCGAAGGUAUACCGGGUGCGCCUGGUCUGCCCGGUCUUGACGGACCUCCAGGACCUGCUGGAGCUCCCGGCAAACCUGGAAUGGAGGGUCCACCAGGUGCACCGGGUCCGAAAGGAAAUGCUGGUAUGCCCGGCCAAGACGCCCAAUAUUGUCCUUGUCCUCCACGUUCAGUCUUCUAUCUCAGCAGAAAUGCAUGAAGCAACCAUUAGCUGGUUACAUAACCACGCUUACAUAAAG